CGCGCCAACUCUUUCAACCACCUCUUUAGCUUGCGAGCCAACAUAAAACUGAAAGAUUGACGCUUUAGAUCAUCUUAAUGUACAUUAUCUAAUCUCAGUGUUUUAAACACAAAUCUGUUGACGUAUUAACUGGAUAACUGUAACCUAAUUUGCAAACUUGUUAUAUAUUGAUACUUAGCCUAGCACUAGGCUAUUCGCUAAUGCUAACUAGCUAGCUAACAUCCCUGACCAUGAGCUCAUUAAACUACUCAUCCCCUGCUGAAGAAGAGGAUGUCUGCUGUCCGGAGAAAGAAGCUCUGGCGCUGAUCAUUGUCGUGGAAGACGAAGAGGAGGAUAUUACAGUGAAAGAAGAGAAAGAACCUUUUAGAAUGAAAAAGGAGGAAGAGGAGGCUGUUAUAGUGAAGGAAGAAGAUGCUGUUAUAGUGGAAGAACAUUUCAGAAUGAAAAAGGAGGAAGAUGAGACUGUUAUAGUGAAGGAAGAUAAUGAACCUUUUGGAGAGGAAGAGGAUGCUAUCUCAAUAAAGGUGAAGGAUGAAGACGUUUUGGGAGUGAAAAAGGAGGAGACAGAAUAUCAGAUUAACACCAGAGAGGGACAUGACUAUUGUGGAUCCUCUGGGGAGCUUCAACAACAUCCUGAUGCUGACGAGGCAGAGAAGAGUCUCUCCAUUUCAGAACACCAGAUGGACAACGCUAGCCCUUCCUCUCUCCCGGAGUCCCCGUGUCGUGCCUCUCCCGGUAGCACCUUACUGCUGGGUAUGAAGAGGUUGUCUGUGCUGCUGGUGGACUACAGGAAAACAACGGGGCUGAGUGGAACUAUGAGAGGAGGAGAAGAGAUGAAAGGAUCAGAUUUGACACAUCAAAGGGAAAGACCAGACUCAGAGGAAACAGAGCCAGGGACGUCCAAACCAGCAAGACGACACCAGUGUGAAAAGAGUUUUAAACAGAAAGCACAACUGAAAACACAUAAGAGAAUACAAACAUUGGAGAAGCCUUACCACUGCUUCCAGUGUGGAACGGGUUGUAACCGGUUAAGGGACCUGAAACAACACGAGAGAAUACACACAGGAGAGAAGCCUUACCACUGCUCCCGGUGUGGAAAGAGUUUUACCCAGUUAUGUAACCUGAAAACACAUGAGCGUAUACACACAGGGGAGAAGCGGUACCACUGCUCCCAGUGUGGAAAGCGUUAUACAACAUUUGGGAGCCUGAAAAUACAUGAGAGAAUACAUACAGGAGAAAAGCUGUACCACUGCUCCCAGUGUGGAAAGAGUUUUAACCAGAAAGGAUACCUGAAACAACAUGCAAGAAUACACACAGGGGAGAAGCCUUACCACUGCUCCCAGUGUGGAAAGAGUUUCAACCAGAAAGCCCACCUGAACCAACAUGAGAGAAUACACACAGGGGAGAAGCCUCACCACUGCUCCCAGUUUGAAACGGGUUUUAACAAGUUAAGGAACCUGAAACGACAUGAGAGAAUACAGAUAGGGGAGAAGCCUCACUACUGCUCCCAGUGUGGAAAGAGUUUUUCAAUGUUGGGGAGCCUGAAAAUACAUGAGCGGAUGCAUACAGGAGAAAAGCCGUACCACUGCUCCCAGUGUGGAAAGAGUUUUACAACGUUAGGGAGCCUGAAAAUACAUGAGAGAAUGCAUACAGGAGAAAAGCCGUACCACUGCUCCCAUUGUGGAAAGAGUUUUACCCACUUAAGUAACCUGAAAACACACGAUAGAAUACACACAGGGGAGAAGCCUUACAACUGCUCCCAGUGUAGAAAGAGUUUUGCCCACUUGUGUAACCUGAAAACUCAUAAGAGAACACACACAGGGGAGAAUCCUUACCAAUGCUCCCAGUGUGGGAAGCAUUUUACCCUGUCAAGUCACCUAAAAGUGCAUGAAAGAACACACACAGGGGAGAAGCCUUACAAAUGCGCCCAGUGUGGAAAGAGCUUUACCACAUUAGUUCAAUUGAAAGAACACAAAAGUAAACACACAGGGGAGAAGCCGUUCCACUGCUCCCAGUGUAGAACAAGUUUUACACAAUCAGGAGGCCUAAAAAUACACAUGAGAAUACACACAAAAGAGAAACCCUACCAGUGCUCCCAGUGUGGAAAGCGGUUUGCCCGGUCAGGGCACAUGAAAGAACAUAAGAGAACGCACACCGGGGAGAAGCCUUACCAAUGCUCCCAGUGUGGGAAGAGUUUCACCCUGUCAGGACACUUAAAAGUGCAUGAAAGAACACACACAGGGGAGAAGCCCUACCAAUGCUCUCUGUGUGGAAAAUGUUUUACCACAUCACAGAAUCUUCAAGUACAUGAGAGAAUACACACAAGAUAGAAUCUUUACCACUACUUCCAGUGUGGAAAUUGAUAUUUCACAUCACAUGAAGAGGGAGUGGUUACAAAAUUGAUUGGA